AUGACUUUUGGUUAUGAAACCCUGGUAGAUUCCGGAGAAGGUGACUUUGUGUGUUUAGGAAAUUUCCAAAGUCCAAAUUCGAAGGAUAUUUUGCUAGUGAAGGAAAAUAAAUUGCUUUUGUACACCUUUAGUGAUAGUUUUACAGACGUUUUAGAUAAUUUUGAUCCCAAAUCACUGAAGAGUCUGAAUCAAGAGAAAAUAAUUAAGCUUGUUCAAGAAUAUAAAUUUCCUAGCUCAAUAACGUCAUGUAGUGUACUGAAACAACUGUUAUACUUCCCUAACCUUCACGAUUGCAACAGUGUUGGUUGUUUGAAAGGUGAAGAUGAAGACUCAAAAGGCUCUGAUAAAAACGAGUAUUUGGACGGGAUCAUAAUUUUGUCAGAAGGUGACGUCAUGAUUUAUUACUUUAAUAUAUUAAAUUGCGAGUUUAAGUUAUUGUUUCAAUUUGAUGGACAAGAAGAAGAAGUGGAUGAAGUGUUAGAUACUAACUACGAAUACACAGAUAUGCUGGUGGUGUACCAUAAAGAUUGGGUAAUAGAUAACAAAUUAGCAAACGAUGAUAAAAUCUACAUUAAAAACUAUUUAAUAAUUUACACACAUAAACAGUUCGAACUUAAAUUUCUGUUGUUGAACUCAUAUUUCCAUUAUAAGAGUAGUUUAGAAGAACUAAAUUCACCAAAAAAUAAGACAAAUGAAAGCCCGAAAGGAAAAGACAGUGGUAGAAGAAAUAGCAAUGAACAGGAAAAUGAAAAGUAUAAGUCGCCGUACCUAAUAUUAUCUAACUAUAUAAAAAUGGAUUUGAAGGAAAAGUUCAACUUGAACAAGAAUAGCCUAGUCAAGGCGAUAUCCUUCAUAGAUAAUUAUCAUACGCCAAUACUGGGAGUGUUGACAACAAAUUACCCAGAGUACAUAUCGAACCAUAACGUAACACACGAAGUCCAGGAAGUAGGUAGUUUACAGCAUGAAAAUCAACUAGAGAAUUGUAUAAGCGUAAUAAACUCGCUUUUUAUAUUAAAUAUCGACCUCGUGCUGAUAAACAUAAACAUACUUAACAGAAUGGAUGAUAUCCCAAUGAACACAGUGUACCUGAGAGGAUUAGUGUACAACAAUUUCAUAGGGUUUAUAAUGUGUAAUAAUGACUUGAUAUAUUGGUUCAACAUGUUCAGUAGUCAUUUCUACUACCAAUUCAUGAAUUUCUAUUCACUUGACGUUAAACCAAGACAAGGAAGCCAUAUAAUAGAUAAUAGGAAAAUGAACCUGGAAUUGUACGACUAUAGAUUACAAACGACCAGAUUUAAGUCGGGAGGAUUUGAUGUGUUACUAUUUCCAGAAAAGAACAAUGGAGAUCCGGCAUAUUUGGGGAAGUUUGAGUACAGCGAUGAUAUAGUAGAUAUUAAGUGGGAAAAGUUAGACCAGUUAAAUAACGAAGAGCCGUUCUACGUAAACGAUUUUGAUAUCUGGUUUAUAGAUGAAAAUAACAUGCUGGUUGUAAACACGAACAAUAUUAAUCUUUUACAGUCUACAAUAUUGACAAGAGGAGUAGAAUUGGAAGACGCAAGAUUAGUAAACCUAGAGACGAUAAAAUCGUUGGGAUUUAUUAAACACCUUAACUACUAUCACUUUAACCCAAAUAAACUAACUGACGGAGACCAAGAAAAUAGGAACCAAAUCCACCCUAACACCGACCAUUUCUGUCUAAACACAAACAAUGUGAGUGAAGAUGAAAGGUGUUAUAUGAUUGGAAUAAGAAAUGACAAGAACAUAGUGAAACUAUCAAGUAAGAAGAUGUUAUACCUAAAGGUGUACAUUAAAGCAGAUGGUAAAUUUACCAUAAAUAGAAAUAAGAUGUGUAACAAUAAUAGAUUGGUGGAAGCAAAAGAUAAUAGAUUGAAGAUAAGAAAUAUGGGAACGGAAGAAGUUUUGAACGAUGAACUGACGAAUAAAGUCAAAACUGUUAAAUUCGUGGACGAAUUCAUAGCUGUACUAUACAAUAACGACCAACUGCAUAAGUAUCAUGUGAAUGAGUUUGAAGGUCAAAAUGCCAAUAAACAGAGUAAAUCAGUAAAAAGUAAAAAAAGUGUAUCAAAUUUAAGUAAGGUUGAGACAGGAGUAAAGAUGUUCAAUACACUGGAACUUAAAAAUAACGCCUACUUAACCUACCUAACAUUCAAUAAUUACCUCUAUUUGUAUAAUUUAAACUCUAAUUUUGUAGUUUUAAAAUUAACUAAUCUCUUACAAUUAAACAAUACCAUCAUGCCCGACGUUUAUAAUUACGAUGCUAUGAUACACGGGGAAAGUGAAGAUGAGAUGAGUGGAGGGAAUUUUGAGAAUACUAGAAGUAUGGAAACCAACAACAAUGAGUCUAGCCGAAACCUUAAUUCAUCCAGAACUAAGAGUAAGUUGGAGAUUGAGGAAGAGAUAGUAUCCUCAUAUAUGAUAUUCAAGGAGGAGGAGGUUUAUAUGAUGUUAUUGGUGACAGGAUACCCACUGUAUAUUUAUAAAUUUGUGGAUGUGAGUAAAAAGCUUAGGAGAAAGUUUUGUUAUUUCAAACUAGUAAAGCAUAACCAAAUAGUGCCAUUUCCAUCACUACUACUAAACCAUGAUGAUGUAGUUUACAAAUUAAAGCCUAAAGUAGAAGAAGUAAUCAACGACAAUAAUCAAAUAUAUGCAUAUCCACUGUUAGAAGUGGAUUCAGACUCGAGCCUAAGUAUCUGUGAUGACUCAGAUGAAGAAACGAAUGGGAAAAGCGUGCCCAAUUCUGAAUUCAUAAAUAAUAUGUUUAGAGAUAGAUUUAGAGAAUUUUACAAGAAGAACCCACUGCUGAAUUUAACCUCAAAGAAUAGUAAACUGUACAUUCAUAAAGUAUCACUAAUAAAUCCAACUAAUUUAGCAUCAGAAAGUGAGAAUGAGAGAUCAAGUCUGAGGUAUUUGUUUAAAAACAAUUACUUGUUCUGCGCCGAGAACAAUAAACUGUAUAUAUAUGACACAAGAGAAAGUCAAAUUGAGUGUUAUUUCAAGACAAAAUAUAGUAAUUUAAAUUUCAACGAUUUUAAUAUUCACAUUUUGAAUGCAGAAAUAAACGGAGGAAAUGAAGUUAAAAGCAAGGAACUUGAUGUGGUAAUUGAUGAUAGAGAAGAUGCUGAAAAGUUAGGAGGAAGUGGUGAAGAACUGGUGGAGAACUAUAUAUACAGAGUAGUAAAAACCGAUAAGAUCAGUAACAUGAACCUGCUGACAGUAUCAAAUUACUACUAUGUAUAUAAAAAUAAUAAUGUAAGAAGAUAUACAAACCUUAAUGAAAAGCAGAGAUUCAGUAAUGGAGUGAUGAAUACAUAUACAGGAGUGAUAGAUUAUUCAGGAGAGUUGGGAAGGUUAAUUAGCAUAGUGGUUGAGGUGGGAGAAAACGUCCUUAACAAUUUGUACAACAUGCUAAAUGUGAGAAACAAACUCCAAAACUUCCACAAAAACAAUGAUAAUAUCGUCAAGGAUAAGAAAAACUUCAUUAAUAAGCAGCUGAAACUGUUCAUACAAUACUACCAGCACUUGAAAGGUAAACAAAAUGGUGACGGAGCUGAGGCCAGUGAGGACUUUGACGCGAACUCACUGGUGCAGGAGGAUUACAUAAUAAUAUUGUUCAUAAGCAAUAACGACGUGAAGAUAAUAAGUUAUUAUAAGCUUGAAAGCUUUGAGAAGGUGCUCUCCUUGAAUUUUGGACUCAUAAAAACCCACGAGUACCUGCUGGCUGGCACGUGCACUAACCUAGGCGAGUAUGUAGAAUCGAAAAGUAAUUUGAUAGUGUUGGACUUCAUGUCUAUUAAAAACGUUGGUGAAGGUAACUACAGUACAGUUUAUAGUGCGGAUAGCGUAACGAUAACGGACGUAGUUGGGGAUGUGUUUAGGAACGUCAACCCGAUGAAGUUAUACUUGAAGAGAACAUUCCUGUACCCAAUCACCUUCAUAUCAACGCUUAACAACAAAACUAGCAUAAUAAAUGACUUGAUCAAGAAUAAGGAAAUUAACCUGCAAAUCCUUGAGGAGGAAGAACAAGAAGAUGAUACAGGCGCAGCGGAGGGAAAGGGAGUAAAAAGAAAGUUAGAUAACAGGACUGGUGCUGGAGUUGAUUCGAGUCUAAGAAACAAUGAUUCUAAGACCAAUAAUAGCGAUAACGCACCGAGCCUGAGCCACGACGAGAAUAACCUGAUAAUCCACUCAGUGGGAAGUAAUAUAUACAUACACGAGCUGAAGGGCAAGAAUAUAAUCAAGGGAGCAUUCAACGAUUUGUAUACUACAAUAUCAGCAGUGUCAAUAUUCAACAACUUCCUCCUAAUCGGCGACGUCUUGAAGGGAUUGUCAUUGUUCAUGUACAUAUACAAUAAGAAUAAUGAUAACAAGAAUAUCAUAAAGAUAUCGAGCACUGACCCGAAGAUAAACCUGCCAAUUUUAAGUUGUGCGCCUCUGAUAGAAGAAAACCUGACCUUUAUGGCCUCAGAUAAUAACCAGCACCUGCUCCAAUUCAUACACUAUAACUUGUACAACACAAACAAAGAUAAAUUAAUGCUGGUGAGCGGGACUAGACUGAAUAAUAACAUAACUCAACUACUGAGCACUAACCAGAAGAACAUAUUGUUUGGAGUGAGCAGUAGCGGCUGUAUAUACAGAAUCAUCAUGAAAAACGACAAGGUGUUCAACCUAAUAAAGAAAAUGGAAGCACUAAUUACCAAGGAAACCCAGUUGACACUAACAAGUGACCUUUAUCACUUGCAACUAAACAGCAUCAAAAACACAACCCUGUCUUUGGACUCCAUAAAGGAAGUGUUUCACGAAAACAGUGAAUACCACAGAACCUUUCUGGGCAAGCUGAACCUGAACCAACGCACGUCUCUGUAUGACCUGCUCAACUUCUUACACCACCAGUUGUUCUCAAUGUAA